UGCAGCUCCAGACCCCAACAACAGCAUUGUGGAGAGGCUGCUCCAUCAUUCCAAGAUGGCGGACAUCCUAGGUUCAAUCUUAAAAUCGAUGGAGAAGCCUCCAACUGUCGGCGACCAGGAGAGCCGACGAAAGGCUCGAGAACAAGCAGCGAGACUGAAGAAGAUGGAGGAGGAUGAGAAGAGAAAGAAAGCAGAGUUCAGGAAAAAGAUGGAGAAAGAAGUGUCAGAUUUCAUCCAAGACAGCGCACAACAGAAACGAAAAUACAACCCAAUGGGCAAGAUUGAGAGGAGUAUAUUGCACGAUGUUGCAGAAGUAGCUGGGCUGACUUCUUUCUCUUUUGGGGAGGACGAGGAGAGUCGCUACGUCAUGCUUUUCAAGAAGGAGUUUGCACCAUCGGAUGAGGAGCUUGAGGCUUAUCGCAAAGGAGAGGAGUGGGAUCCCAAGCUGGCAGAACAACGGCGAAGACUAAAGGAGCAAGCUGCUUUGGAAAUAGCAGCAUCCAGUGAGACAAAGAAGUUAGAAACUCCCAACUCCAACUACAGAGACAAGUACAGUCACCUGAUCGGCACCUCAGCUGCAAAAGACGCAGCACAUACACUGGAGGCAAACAGCGCUUAUGGCUGUGUUCCUGUGGCCAAUAAGAGGGACACUCGCUCCAUAGAGGAGGCCAUGAAUGAAAUCAGAGCAAAGAAACGACAGAAGCGAGAAGACGACACAGCAGCACAUAACAGCAGCUCUUGAGUCUCUACUGCCUCUUCUACUGUUGUGAGUGUGUGUGUGUGUGUGUGUGUGUGUGUGCGCGCGCGCGCCCAUCAGUGUGUCUAUGUUUGAACACUCUCCAUUCUGUAAAAAUGUCAUUUUCUUCAGACAUUUAAGAAUUUAACUUAUAUGGUAGCCUGGUAUCCAAUCUGGGUAUGUAUGCCACUCUUUGAUUGAGGCUGUGCUCAAAUGAUCCAGUUCAACAUUUACCUGUGUAUGGGUUAGGGUUGCACAAAUGAUUGGAUAACAUACAGUAUAGUACAAGCAACUACAAUAUCUUCAUUUCUGCUUUUAUUAAGGUUUUCUGGGGGCAGCGUUUCUGCUAUAUUUAUAAGAGACAGGUGAGGCAGACUGGAAAAGGGGGUGGGGCAAACGUACAGCAAAAGGCGUGGGUUGGAGUCAAACCCCCGUCACAGGAGUCAGCCACAAGGAUGCCCCUUUUUGCCAGUGAGUAGCAUUUGUGUAAUGCAGAUGUGCAUUUAUAUAUUUUAUCCAUUGAAAGUAUUGAAAGAGCUGUGGCUGGAUCUGAUGGAAGUCCCACUGACAGUGUUCCACACAUGCAGUGCGGUUUGGAAAAGAGAAACACUUGGUUUUUGUUUCAUUUAUUGUUUUUCUUGUUGUUGGACAUUCUUGGUAAUCUGUAAUAAUGUGGGAUUUUCUUUGUCUGUACAUCUGCACUGACUGUGAAUUAAACUGUUUACCCCUGGAUAAAGCUGCGAUAGGCAGUGUGCCUCGAAAAAUAGUUAAUUGGAGUUUCAUCCAAAGGUAAAUUUUGUUUUUUAAAUAAGCCAUGUGUAAUGAUGGCUUCUCUCUGUCCUGAGCUCGUUUAAUCAGAUCAGCACGGAGAGAUGGACUUGUCUCACGUGUGACCGAUUAUGUCCAACUCUCUUUUAAACUCUUUUAUAGGUUUCUUUGCAGCAUCGGAAAUGACCUGUUUGUGUGUGUGUCUCUCUCUCUCUCUCUCUCAACUGCCCUGUGAUCUGAUUGGUCAAAGCUUCCCACCGUGCUACAGACUUAGCAUUGAGGUUAUAAGCAGAGACAAGAAGUGUCGAUGUACAUUAUAGUGAAAUGAAUUGAAUAAAUCCUGCUUACUGUACCUUUUUAAAUGCUAUAUUAUCAAGCCAUAGUGGCUUUCAGUCGGCAGCAUAGUAGGGAGCGGAAAUAUCUGACUCCUUGUUGAAAUUUGGGUCAUUAUUGGGUUUUAUUUUGUCUUUUUUAAAGGUCUGUCAACAUAAUGUCUAUUUUAACAUGGUUACACUGUUUUAUCCUUGGCAUGUGUUUAAUAAAUGGAGAACAGUAUGAGA